AUGAAGCAGGGGCUUCCCUACUUCACCUCCAAGACCAAACAUGUUCUUGAUUGGCAACAGUUGUUGGAUCUGGCGGCGGAGAUCAAAGCCGCCAGGCUUCAGCCCGGAACUGUGAGCUUCAACGCAAUUGCUGCUGGAUACGGGCGAUUUUCUCAAUGGCAUAGGUCUUUGGAAGUCCUUACCUUUUUGAAGGUGGAAGGUCUCGAGGUUGAUGGAGCUUCUUUUGGAGCCGUCAUCGGAGCCUCGCAGAAAGGGCAGAUGCCUGGCGCUCACUGGCCAUUAGCUUCUCUCCUUCUUUGCAGCGGCAGGAAGCAUGCAGCAAGUUCUUUGGCAGCACUUUCUUCAACUCUGGCAGCGAUUGCUCGAGCAAGCAGAUGGGCAAAGGCUCAGAUGGCUUUCCAGAGCGCGGUAGAGAAAGGUUGCAUUGUGAACAUCGUCAAUAGCAACUGUCUUUUGAGCAGCUUCAGUCAAGGUUUGCAAUGGGAGUUGGCUUUGAACAACCUAUGGAGCCUACGGAGCCUACGGAGCAUUGGGCCCACGGGAGCCGAUGUAGUGUCCUUCAACACUGCGAUGGAUGCAUGCACAUCAAAUCCCAAAAUUCCUGAUUCUGGCCAUAGAUGGCAGCUGAUUUGCGCUCUUUUUGCGGGUCUAGCCACGCAAAGGCUGGUCAGCAAUAUCAUGAGUUUUGGCACAUUGAUUGCCGGCUUUGCAGGGCAGCACACCAAGAGAGCGCCAGAAUGGAUGUAUGCCUUGCGCGCUUACAGGAUGGUAAAGCAGCUGACAGUGGAGCCCAACAGCAUAAUGGCGGGUGCUUUGGCAGGAGCUUGCUCCGCGAAGCAUGCAUGGGAGCGAUCGUUAGCGACGGCAAAUGGACAUGAGCGGAAAGUGAUGUUGCUGCUGCCUGCCAUGAACUGGGAAGGCGCCCACCGACUUUGCUGUCUUCAAGCUUCAAGAACUUGGACGCUUUCGUUGUCCAAAAUGACGACAUGCAGAAGCAGCACUGUCCGGGGAGACAUGGUCACCCUAUGUGCACUUGCAAAGCCACUGCAGGAAGUGCAAAGGUGGAGAGAGAUCACAGAUUUACUUCAUCGCUUUUGGAGCUUGGAGGUGAGCGUCAUUGCAUUUGGCUUGUUGGCUUCCUCUUGCAGCCGGUCGCAUUGCUGGACCCAAGCUGUGCAGGCCAUGGAAACUGGGAGCUGGGCUGCAGCACCACCAGACUUGGAGCUACAUCACAUGGCUGCGAAUGGAUGUGCCAAAAGUAGUCAUUGGGCAUUCAGUCUCGACUUGCUACGCGCUUUGAACAUCGCUCAACUCCGGCUUGACAUUUCCUCAGCGCAGAGCAUACUGCCAGGCAUGGCGACACAGCAUUUUUGGCAGCGCGCCCUUCAGAUUCGCAGUAGGCCAAUUGGUUCUGCUCAGGAGCGGCACUUUGAGCUCGCAAUUUGGAGCAGUAUUGGCAAAUGGGAACAUGCUCAAAGACUCAUCAGGUUGCAGGGCCCCCAGGCGACUACGAAUGCGUACAGUAUGGGGUUGGCGUCGCUAGCAUCAGCACAGAAGGUCAAAGAAUCCCUGGAGCUGUUGAAUGCCAUGAAGCUGCAAAGCCUGCGUCCAGAUGUUCCGCAUUUGUUGGGGAUUUUGGCAACUGGAUGUAGCUGGGACCUUGGGGUCUUAAAAUCCGUCUACCGUCGUCUCGCCGUGAAAAUGGAUUAA